AAAUUUCAUUGGCUAUUAAUAAAAUGAACUAUCAAAUCAGAUCGUUUCUUAAGCGAAACAAAUCUGAAUUCAAAUUACUGCAUGCAAACCCGGCGAUUUCUGACUGUAGACUACCACCUCACACAAGAAAAGAAAAGACAAUGGAAGCAAUUAACACAUUCUCCCCAUCCUUUAACAAUUUAUGGAAUACAGAGGAGAGCUUAAAUCAGGAGGAAAUCCCGGACUCCGUCCUGUAUGGUACAAUAAGAGGACUGAUUGAAUCUACUCAUACCUUCCCUGGAAAGGUUGAGGCGAAUGAGGCAGUGAAUUUCAAGAGAGGUCAAAGAAUAAACUCUUUGCUGAUCGUCAAUCGUUAUGGCCAAGAAGUUGGGUAUCUUCAAUCCGAGUUGGAAGACAUUUUAACUAGACGAAUGGACCGACGGAUAAUUCAAUUUAAGGGCGUUACACCAUUUGCAAGUGACGGAUCUUCUAGAUAUCUGGCCAUUGAUGUUACCAUUUGGGGAGUGCAGAAUGAAAAAAAUCAAACUUUAUUAGAACUGUCUGGAUUGAAAACGCCGUUGAAUAUAAAUGUUAAUCCAACAGAAUCAGAAGAGGAUAUAAAAAAAUAUAUUUCAUACAAGUCAGAUCAACGGUACAUCACUUUCAACGGAAACCGAUUCGAAAAUCUGAAAGAGGAGGGGUUAGAAUUAGACAGAUUAUUUGAAGAUUUAAUAGAAGGGAAUAAAGAGGGCAUUGCAGAGCCCCCAAAGACAAUAUCAACACCCCUCCAUAUACAUCAGAAACAAGCUCUUUUUUGGAUGAAGGAAAGAGAAAGUGGGGAGCUGCUGCCGCCAUUUUGGGAAUACAGAGAUGGCGCUUACUUCAAUCACGUGACGUUACGCCAAGAAGUCUCCAGACCACCGAGUGUUCGGGGCGGGAUUUUGGCUGAUGACAUGGGUUUGGGGAAAACUCUGACGAUGAUUGCUCUUAUUAUGGCGGACAGAGAAGAAAGCCAAGAGGAAGUGGGGAAUGAUGAAGAAAAGAUGGAUACGGAAGACGGAGAAUCCAGCAACAAUAGCCAGGAAGAUUCAGAUGUCAUUUUGAUUGAGGAAGGAAGCCAUCCGCCUGUGAUUCUCAUAGAUUCGGAUGAAUCAGACGAUGAACUUUCAGAGAUGAUCUUGAUAGAUUUUGAUGAUUCUGACGAUGACUCUACAGAGGUGAUUAUUUUAGACUCUGACGAAGACGACGGAUCAGAGAAAGACGUCGAUGAUGAGAUAAUAGAAGUAGAUGAUCAAAACUAUUUUCAUCAGACAGAUGAUCCAGAGAAUGAAGAUUAUACUGGACAUGAUACACGUCACUAUCCAACCUUAAUUAUCGCACCACUGUCCAUCUUAAGUGUGUGGCAGGCUCAACUACGAGAACAUGUACAUAACCAAUAUCAUCCAAAGAUAUUUUUAUUUCACCAUGAUAACGGAAAUCGUUAUAACAGCGCUCUGAGUGAACAAGACAUCGUAUUAACAACAUACGGUACUACGCUAAGUGACUUUAAUGGCGUACAAGCAUUGCAAGGAGUUAACUGGUUUAGAAUAGUACUGGAUGAAGGCCACAAAAUAAAAAAUCCUAAUGCUGGGUGCAGUCAGGCCAUCUGUAAUCUUCGGUCCGAAAGAAAAUGGAUCAUUUCAGGGACUCCCAUCCAAAACAAGAUUGAUGAUUUGUUUUCUAUGAUUACUUUCCUGAAUAUCGACACAUUUAACGACUACGAGAAUUGGUCACGAAUUAUAGAAACACCACUGAAGUCUGGUGAUGUUAGCGCGAAAAGACGAUUAUACAAGCUGAUGAGUUCUAUUGCUCUCAGAAGAACUAAAGGAACAAAAAUAGAUGGAAAAAGACUUGUAGACUUACCAGAGAAAACCGUGCAAAUUAAAUAUAUUGAGUUCUCCAAAUGGGAAAAGGACAUUUACGAUAGGAAGUAUCAGUAUUAUAGAGAAUGUAUUUAUAGGUUUAUAGAGAGAAGAAAAGCACCAGAGGAGUACCGUAAAGUGUGUUGUGCUCUUCUUCGACUUCGCCAGCUUUGUUGCCAUCCGUCUCUCUUUAACUAUCAUUUUGAAGAUUUCAGUGAAAAUGGUAUUACAGCUGACAAUAUUGUAGUGGAUGAACAUCAAAACACAAAGCGUCUUAUGUCAUUUCUUCGGUUUCCUUUAAAUGAAUGCAGUAUUUGUCUCCAAACUCCCGACUCUCCGAUAAUAACUAAUUGCAAACAUGUGUUUUGUAAAGUUUGCAUUUUACAACAUAUGUCUCAGAGUGGACCAUCAUUAUGCCCAAACUGUAGGAAACCGAUACAUAGAAAGUCAUUCUAUGAAAUACCACCCGACGAAAUUAACCUGCGGCUGACAAAACCCGAACUAGACACAUGGGUUGCAAGUGCAAAGACCAUGGCAUUGCUAUACGAUCUGAUUAGGCUGCGGGAGAAUGAUCCUAAAGAAAAGGCCUUGGUUGUGUCAGAGUAUACAAAACUCCUGGAUCUUCUGGAACCGCCUUUGAGAAAUUUGAAUUUCAACUUUGUUCGUUUUGAUGGAACAAUGACACAGAGGGCGAGAACAAAAGUUAUCAAUGAAUUUUCAAGCCGAGAGGAAAACUCACCAACUGUGAUGUUGCUGUCUUUGAGAGCCGGCGGAGAGGGCAUCAGUCUUGUAGCUGCAGCACGAAUCUUUCUUCUUACACCACACUGGAAUCCGGCUACUGAGGACCAGUGCUUUGACAGGUGUCACAGACUCGGUCAAACCAAUGACGUCAUAAUCACUAAGUAUGUAGUUAAAAAUACAAUAGAGGAAAGGAUAUUAAACCUUCAAGAACAGAAGAAGAAGUUAAUGGACUGUGCAUUUAACUACAACAAAAAGAAAACAGAAAAGCCAGGAAUCAAUGAGAUCAGGGCUCUUUUAGAUGUAUAAAGAGGAGUUAUCGCCCGUGUUUUUGUACCGAGACAGGCAGCAGUAUCAGUUCACAUGACUUUUAAGACACAAUCAUGCCAUUUCGUACUAGGAUUCACAUAAUCAAUUCAAAAUUGAUUCCGACACAAAUCUUAUUCCCAUGGUAUACUAGUAUAACAGCUUUCUACAAUUCAUUUGGACUCGCAAAUGUAUAAAUGUGAAAACCAAAUAUAGUUACACACAAAAUUUAUUUUUUCAAAAACAUUCAAUGAUGAAAAAUUAUGAACACAAAUCAAGAGUUGUAAUGACCUAAAUUAUAUUUAAAAAGUACAAGCCACCUUAAUUAUAGUGUUUCUGUCACAAAAACAUAUGGAAUUUCCCAUUACAUCUGAAUAAUAUUGUGCAUUUUUCAUGAUAUCUUUUAAUGUUUUUUAAUGAAUAAAAUCCAGAUAAAUGAGAUUAUGAAGUGGAUCUAGAAUGAAAAACAAAAAUAAUUAAUGGUUGUUCCAACAGCUUUAUAAUUUAGAAUGUAGGGAUAUCAAUCUUCUUGUAGUGUAAUUUCUUUUGGAAUCAAAUGUAGACUUAGGUGACAUUGUUCUACUCGAGAUAUUCUAUGUCCUUUGUAACUGAAUAAAUGUAAACUUAUGUGACAUUAAUUUCCUUGUAAUAUAUACUCUGUCUUUUGGAACCAAUGUAAAAUAUUCUGAAACAAAACAAAAAGAAAUUAGCAUAAAAUGUUGCCAAGAAUUAUGUGUUCUUUCUUUAUUAUGUUAUUUUCAUACUUGCACGCUAACAAUGGAAUAUAUGGAGAUAACAAACAAUAUUCAGAUAUUCACAUUUAAUUUAAAUACUUUAGGAAUGAAGUUUAUUGUGACUUCCAUAUAUCUGAAUACUCUUUAGUUUCACAAACUCUUCUAAUCGUAAAACACAAAUUCUUCUGUUUCUAAAUUCUGUUUUGCUAAAAUUCAUCAAGAUAUUUCAUUUCUGCCAAUUGAAGUGUAAUGAUUUCGUGGUAUUUUGUGACCUAUACUUACAUAAGUAAAAGGAGACCAAUAACGUUAUAUCCCGCCAUGACCCAGAAAGCGAAUCCAGGGAGAAAACUGACCGUCUCUGAGUAGAUGGCCCCGCCCACCACCGACCCCACCAUAAAACAGAUGUUCUCAAACAAUGCAAUACCUCCAAACAUUGAACCUGUUGGGAAAAAUAAAAUA